CCGGCGCGGGCGCGGGCUACCCGGGCGCCGGCGGCGUGUCGGCGCCAGGCGCGUUCGGGCAGGCGCCGGGCGGGGCGAUGAUGGGCGGGCAGGGCAUGGGCGCCCCGGCGGGCGCGCCCACGGACGCGUACACCGAGCAGGUCAAGAAGGACCUGGAGCAGUUCAAUUCCCCCGCGCUCUUUGUGCGGAGCACAGUGUCCCGGCUGCCGAACUCGGCAAGUGCUAAGGACAAGUUCAAGAUGCCGCUCGGCAUCGUGCUGCAGCCCCUGGCGCCGGUUCCGCCGGAGCAGAUGGAGGAUGGAACAGCGCCCUUGGGCGUGCCCACCGUGAACUUCGGAACUGUGGGGACCAUCAUCAGGUGCAAGAGCUGCAGGACGUACGUCAACCCUUUCGUCCACUGGGAGGCCAACGGCCGCAGGUGGACCUGCAACCUGUGCGGGUUCUCGCAGCUGACCCCGGACCAGUACUUCGCCAGCCUGGACGAGACGGGCAAGCGGAUCGACCGCUACCAGAGGCCCGAGCUGUGCAGAGGCGCGCUGGAGUACAUCGCCCCCGGGGAGUACAUGGUGAGGCCGCCCCAGCCCCCAGUCUUCAUGUUCGUCAUCGACGUGUCCUAUACGGCCGUGGUCACCGGCAUGCUCGACGCCGUGGUGGCCAGCAUCAAGGAGGCCAUCCAGUCCGGCGAGAUCCCGGGCGGGAGCCGGACACAGAUAGGCAUUAUCACUUUCGACACGUCCCUGCACUUCUACAACCUGAACGCGAACCUGAGCCAGCCGCAGAUGCUGGUCGUCUCAGACCUGGAGGACGUGUUCGUCCCCCUCCCCGACGACGUCCUUGCCCCCAUUGAGGAGUGCGAGUCGUCGAUUAUGACCCUGCUCGACGCCCUGCCUCAGCUCUUCAGGGAGACGAAGACGAACGAGUCCUGCAUGGGCUCCGCCGUGAAGGGCGCCUUCGCGGCCAUGAAGCACAUCGGCGGCAAGCUGCUGGUCUUCGGCGCCUGCAUCCCCAGCGUCGGCGAGUUGUCCCUCAAGUCAACGCGCGACAACCCGCGGGUGCUCGGCACGGAGCGCGAGGUGGAGCUCCUGCGCCCCGUCAGCGACGGGUACAAGGACCUGGCCACCGAGUUGACGAGGGCGCAGAUAUCGGUGGAGAUGUUCUUCGCGCCGCAGGCGUACAUCGACCUCGCAUCCAUCGCGCCCCUCGCCAAGUUCACUGGCGGCGACGUCCGCCUCUACCCGCAGUUCCAGGCCGCCACCUCGGCUCAGAAGCUGAGGAAGGAGCUCCUGCACGUGCUCACCCGCUACAUGGGCUGGGAAGCGGUCAUGCGGGUGCGCGUCAGCCGCGGCUGGAAGAUCACAAAGUUCUACGGCCACCUCUUUAUCCGAGGCCAAGACCUGCUGGUCGUGCCCAACUGCCACGCGGACCAGACGUUUGCCAUAUCCAUCGACAUGGAGGAGAACACGACGCCCGAGCCGGUCCUGUGCGUCCAGAGCGCGCUGCUCUACACGAAUUCCAACGGGGAGCGCCGCAUUCGUGUGAACACAUGGGCCGGCCUCACCACGUCGAAUUACAGCGACAUCGUCGGCUCGAUAGACGUGCAGGCGAUGAUCGCGAUGUCGUCGCAGAUCGCGCUGGACCAGUCGCUGAAGGUCAACCUGCAGGACGGGCGCACCAAGCUGCAGACGCUGGCCCAGCAGGCCGUUCAGGCGGGCGGCAUGUGCCCGAGCUCGGAGGCGCUCCAGUUUCUGCCGCUGUACGUCAUGGGCAUGCUCAAGUCGGAGGCGUUCAAGCCGACGAACGACAUCCUGUUCGACAGGCGCACCUACAUCUGGAUGCGGCUAGAGACGGCGUGCGUCGCCCAGGUGGCGGCGUACUACUACCCGCGGCUGCUGGCGCUUCACAACGCGCCCGACACCUGCGCCACGGCCGACGAGCAUGGCCACUGCACGCUCCCUGACAUGCUGAACCUGACCAGCGAGAGCAUGACUCAGGACGGAGUCUUUGUGCUGGAGGACGGCGAGAUGAUGAUGAUGUGGAUGGGCAGAGGUGUGGACCCAGCCUUUGUGCAGGGCCUCUUCGGCAUCGGCUUCGAAGAGCUAAACUCCGACGCGGCCGGCAGCAUCGAGGAGCACCUGGAACAGCGGACCGAUACCCUGUCCCUGAAGGUCAAGAACAUCCUCGGGCAGAUCCGAAGCGAGCGCAUGGUGCCCUGGAUGCAGCUGCACGUCAUCAAGCAGGGCGAGCCCAAGGAGAGGAGGUUUUUCGAGUCGCUCAUCGAGGACAGGACCGCCGGCCUGCAGAGCACCUACACGGAGUUUCUGCAGCGGCUGGGCUACCGGCCGCAGACGCAGCAGCCGCCUGCGCAGCAGCAGCAACCGCCGCAAGGUGGCAUGGCCGCCAUGGCAGCGGCGACGGCCAGCCCGGGCAUGAUGCAGCCAAUGGCCCCGCCGAUGAUGCGGCGGUGAGGCGAGGCGGCGAGGGCUUCUGCGCGACCCCCUCGGCGCUGCCGCCUCGGUCGGCCCCCGUUGCCGCGCACCCGCCGCCUGCGGCGCCGGCACGACGGCUGGCCGAUGUGGCGCCCGCCGCCGCUGCCGCGGGGGGGCGGCGGCCGAGCCCUGCUGGUCCUGCACCCCGAGCUCGGCCCACGGGAGCCGAGGGCCUGUGCGGGGCCUAAGGGCCGCCUGCCAGCUCGUUCGUGCCUUCUUUCUCCGGGGUGGUCUCCCACUCCUCCCCUGAGAU